UUAUGUGUGGUAUUCUCCAAGCACUCGUAGAAUACUAUUGCAAAUUCUAUAGUUUUGUAUUGAUCUCGUGAAUAAAUUAAGAUCAUUAUUGUAACAUUCACUUUAGAACUUUGUUGAAAAUGUUACUCAAAUUCUGAUGGAACAGCUGAUCAGCACUCUGCAGAAACCGAUCGUGAUCAACAUUUCCUGAGAAAUUUAUUAUAUGUAGCAGCUUAAAUUUGACACUUUUGGCAGCAUAAUUUGUGUUUAGUAAUAAAUUAGUCUCGCAUGUGACAUUAAUGAGACAUUGAGACGCAGACGGGAGCAAUGAGCAACAGCAUGGAGAGCGUUCUGUCUCCACUGCCAGGGAACCGGCCGAUGUCUCGCAACACGCCAAGGGUGUUCCGCAGUCCUCCACAGCCUCACAUGUGUGUUCAAGAUACUCUCAAGGGCACACAGAUAACGUGUUUUAUAAACGUGAUGUCCUGGUGUAAAAUCGGUGUUGUACCGUCCCAGCAAAAUGCUCCCAUACCGUUGUAUGGAGGUGUCAAAGUGCCUUUGAGUGACAGGUGUGGCGUGUCCCCCAAGCAAGUCAAGACCAGCAAAGAGAAGCCCUUGGUGUUCGCUGUCAUGGUAAAUCCUAACGUGCUCAAACGAAGUGGGAAAAUGGCGGAAAAUCCUCAGGAACGGGAUGGCCUCAUAGAUCUGAUGUUGGAUUUCAUCGAAGCCAUGAAUGAAAACAUCAAGUUCUCCAGGAACUUUAUGGUUCUGAAGGAUCGCGAUCUGACAGGAGAGCUGAAGGACAUUUGGGCCGUAAUCCAAGCGAAAAGGGACGCAGAGAAGAUUCACCCGAGCCAGACACUGCGGGACGAGAACAGCCAUCCUUGCUCACCACAAACUGCGUGCACUCCACAGAACGCCAAACAUAAAAGCUUCGCGCUUGAGCCACCGCUGCCCGCCGAACCUCUCCACAUAUGGUGGGUGGUGAGGAUGCGCUGCCCAAUCCGGCUGGACCACCCGGCUUGCCGCCGUUUUCCACCUGUCAAUGGGCACGCCAGCAUUCUUCUCCGCCGCUGGGGCCACUCGAGCAGAACGAAUUUUUCACAGCCUGGUCGAAGGUUAGGGUGGUCCUCUCCCAACAGCCCUCCAUGCUUGGAAUGUUCGGGAUUUAUCGGUACUAGCUACGUGCCUUCUGCCCCCACUUUUUCUCUCCCGCCUGUCAUCGAUCAACACCCCAUUGAAAACAAACGGGAGGAGCUCGUCACUACGCCACCCUGA